UUAAACUAUGCAUGAAGUUACUUUUUACUUUUUCUUCUGUUAGAACUAAAAGCCACUGAUAUAUUUGAUUAUUUUAAUCUUAUGGUCAAGGUUAACAUCUUGAUACUCGUGCGAGUGAUCAAAGAAAUGACCACAAUGCAAUCAACAGGAGAAAACCACAUUCAGCAGAUACGACUUGGCAUCAAGGCAUGCACAGUGUUGAUACCUCUUCUAGGAGUCACGUGGUUGUUUGGUCUUCUGUCACCUUUACACAAGGCAUUUGUUUACAUUUUCACGAUACUUAACUCUGCCCAGGGAUUCCUGAUUUUUGUCUUGCAUUGUUUGAGAAACAGUCAGAUUAAAGAACGGUUCAGAAGAAGGAUGAACGCGGUUUUUCCAGUUUCAAGUGCAAACGAUGUAAACUCAACCAAGAAAACUUCUCAGUUUAAUCAAAGUGAUGUCGGCAUAUCGAAGGCAAUGGAGCUCCACUCAUGCAGUAAUGGCGUAUUUGAACUGGAGUAGCGAUUGACCCAAUUAAAGUGCCACUGGUUUCUAGUAGCUUAAAAAAAAGAUUAAGUUUGUAGCGAAAAGUGUUCCCUAUUUUAGUGCAUAGCCGCUUUAACAUGCAGUUAACAGUAAUUUAGGGCCAAAAAGUAUUUAAUUUUACGGCUGACGAUUACUACGCUUAGCUUCUUUCAAUAUUUACGUAGGCAUGCAACUCAGGCUCAGUUGGUGGGUACAUUGUCAAACCCACAAUCGACAGAACAGCCAUCCGUGGCUGUUCCGUUGGUUUUUGCCAGACUGUCAGUAACCUACAACGGGUAUCUAGUGACCUAAGAUUCUAUACUAGGUCUUUCUAAGUGGCUAAAACGUUUAAUGGAGGCAGCGUGACCGAGUGGUUAGGGUGGUCGCGAGUUCAAGUCCCGCUCUGACCACUAAGUUAGAUUUGUUU